AUGCAUGGCUCCUUUGGAUACCUCAUUUUGCAAGCCUACAACUACAUGAAGGUUUCCGUCAAUGGCAAGAAAGACUUUUGUUGCCUACCCAUCAGAUAUGAGAUACUGUCACUUCGAGAACAGGGUUUGGAUGUUCAGCUGAGAGUGUUAACAGAGAAGAGGCCUCCUGAGAGUGAGGGGCUUGAGGGAGAGGAUAACGGCUCUCACUCUUCACUAGGUGAUUCAGUGCUGGACACUGCAGGUACAGAGUUUGAAAAAACAGAGAAGGAAGCUCCAAAGGAGAAAGCUGGAGCUUCGGAGGACCCUGAGUCCAAGGAAGUGGAGAUGGAUGAUUGGCUCUUUGGGUUUACGCAACUGUUCAGAACCCAUGUUGGUAUUGACCUAGAUGCUCGCAUUGACCUACAUGAGCUUGGGAUGGAGCUCUGUUCUGAAGCUCUUGAGGAGACAGUGACAAGCGAAGAGGCUCAACGCCUGUUUGACAAGGAUGCUCCAAAAUUCCAGGAGGUAGCUGCAUUGGCUUUCUUCAAUUGGGGGAAUGUUCAUAUGUGUACAGCAAGGAAACGCAUUCCUUUGGAUGAAUCUGCUACAAAAGAUGUAAUGGCAACCCAACUUCAAGUGGCUUAUGACUGGGUCAGAGAAAAAUAUUCUAUAGCCAAAGAGAAGUAUGAGGAGGCCUUUUUUAUCAAGCCUGACUUUUAUGAGGGGUUGCUGGCCUUGGGGCAACAGCAAUUUGAAAUGGCAAAACUUCAUUAGUCAUUUGCUUUGGCUAAGAAAUUAGACCUCUCAGGUUGGGAUGUUACAGAAACGAUUAAGCUUUUUGAUAGUGCUGAGGAGAAGGUGAAAGCUAAGACUGAGGUACAAAGUCCAUCUUUCCAAGGGUACAGUUUUGCAGAAGAGGGGAAAGUACUUGAAGAUGGGGUAUUCAAAUGGUCACUAAUUGAAUUAGAAACUAGGCUAAAUACUUUCAUGAAGCUGGUUGCUUCAGAGGGGCAGUAUGCGUAGUCUAUUGAGAUAUUUGGAAGAGGAGGUCCUGCACCAGGAUUUGGACUUGGUUCCCCAUGGUGGAGGACGUGGGAGAUACUUGGCUAAAGAACCUGAUGAAUUUGUGAGAUUGUUACAGCCAUGAGUGGAUGACGUCUUCCUCAUCUUUGCAUGGCUAUACAUGGCCUUCACAAAACCCAUGCACGUCACCAUACCUCACAUCAUCCGUUUUCAUUCCAUCACUUAAUACCCACAAAGUCCUUUGCUAUCAUUAUUCAACCUUCUCAUACCCAUCUCCUGCACCACUCAUCCUUCACAUUCAUCUACCCACUUCUCUCUCUAAACCUCCAUGCCUUUGUUCCAAUGCAAGCUCUAUUCUGUCAUCAAUCUCUGAAACCCAAGAAAUCUGUAAAUCAUCCUUGGUAGCAUACACUACCCUCUUGGCUGCUUCGACCCUUCACGCAUGCACCCACUUUCCAAUAUCCAUCAAACCCACCUAUCCAUCACAACCAAUGCCACAGCUGGCCCCAUCACCAAACCAACUUCCCUUAUCACCUUCCGUUACCCGUUUUGCCACUCUUUCAUCACCUAUUGGUUUUCUAUCUUCUCACGUACAUGGAGCUUUGCACUUUCCUCUGCUAAUAGUGCAAUAUAUGACACACUUUGUCGGCGCCUUGUUGGCAUAUGCAAUGCUGUUAUUAUGUCUCUGAAUUAUCGGCGAGCAUCUGAAAACCCAUACCCUUGUGCCUAUGAUGAUGGCUGGGCUGCUCUUAAGUGGCUUAACUCUAAGCCAUGGCUUAGAAGUGAAGAUGGACUGUCUCCUCGUCUCAAUUUGUCCUCCAGUUCCUUUCACCCAUCUGAAGUUCUCUAGUCCAUAUGAAACAACCAUCAAUGAACAGAUCAGCGUGGAAUGCAACGUCUGCAAUGCCUACCCUACUCGGUAUGCCUAUUAUGUGGAGAUAAUAUUGCUCUCGAGGCUUUUACUGAAUUUUGCAAGGAAUCUAGUACAAAGGAAAGAGAGCAAUGCUGAGAAAUUGAUGAAAUACCAGAAUAUACACGCAGGAAAAGUGAAGUUACGGGUCGUAAUGAGGCUACUGUCAGGACUUGAUAAUGAUGAAAAAGAGGAUGCAUUGCAUGUAGUUUUACAUGUAAAAUACCUGUUAGCGUGCUGAAAUUUUCUACAAUGAGCCAAUCAGAGACCUGUUUGCCACUUUACCAACCUGGUGUCUUGAUCCAGGUUUAUGAGGGUGGGAGAACAAGAACCAGGGACAAUAACUUGUUGGGCAAAUUCGAACUCUCUGGCAUUCCUCCUGCUCUCAGGGGUGUCCCUCAAAUCACUGUUUGCUUUGACAUUGAUGCCAAUGGCAUCUUGAAUGUCUCUGGCAGAGGACAAGACCACCGGCCAAAAGAACAAGAUCACUAUUACCAAUGACAAGGGAAGGUUGUCCAAGGAAGAGAUUGAGAAUAUGGUCCAGGAGGCUGAGAAGUACAAGUCUGAAGACGAGUAGCACAAAAAGAAGGUUGUCCAAGGAAGAGAUUGAUAAUAUGGUCCAGGAGGCUGAGGAGUACAAGUCUGAAGACGAGUAGCACAAAAAGAAGGUUGAGGCUAAGA